GUAUACACUUUAUUUGACAAUUACAACUUUUUUUUUCCCUUUACCCUUGAUUUUGGUGUGCUAUAGUUUAAUUUUAUGCUAUACUUGGGAUAUGUAUCAACAGAAUAAGAAUGCCAAAUGUUAUAAUCCCAGUAUACCAAAGCAGAGAGUGAUGAAGCUGACAAAGAUGGUGCUGGUGCUGGUGGCGGUCUUUAUCCUAAGUGCUGCGCCCUAUCAUGUGAUACAACUGGUGAACUUACAGAUGGAGCAGCCCACAUUGGCCUUCUAUGUAGGCUAUUACCUCUCCAUCUGUCUCAGCUAUGCCAGCAGUAGCAUUAACCCUUUUCUCUACAUCCUCCUGAGUGGAAAUUUCAGGAAACGUCUGCCUCGACUCCAAAGGAGGGUGACUGAGAGGGAGAACAACAACAUGAAGAACAUCCUAAAAUAG